CAAGCUACCGCUGAAAUCCUCUCUUCCUCGUUACACACAGGCAUGGGUCGUCGCGCAAAGAACAAGCAGGGUGCGCCAGAGCCUAUGGCGCCAACACAAGACGGUGCUCCCCGCCCGUCGGCGAAGAAGCUAGGCAAACGCAAAGCCGAUGCAGAACACGAUGCGAAGGAAAGCCUCAGCAAACGUCCGGCGAAAAAGGCUCGCGAAAAUGACGAAAGCCAUAAGGGGGCCCCGAGUGGAAAGGCAAGAGCAAAAGAUGGGCUCGCAGUCAAAGCGAAGAAGCCCACGAAUAAGCCGAAGCCAAAGAGACGGAAAGAGGAGGAUGAGGACGAGGCAGGGAGCAGCGAGGGAUGGGAGGGGAUACCAGGCGAUGAUAAUGUCAAGGUUCAGACAAAGUCGCUCUUCCAUGAGAGCGAUGAUGAAGGAGCCUUCGUCGGUGAUCUAGACGACUUGGAUAUAGGCGAGGAUGGUGACGAUGACGACCUGCUGCAAGGCCCAGCACAAGAACUUGACCUAGGCUCGGACGACGAGGAACUAGACCUUGCACCGCCAAAAAUAAAGGGCAAGAAGUCUAAACAGCACGAACGGCCCACCAAAAUCAUCCCCACUGCCUCAGACGAAUCCUCUGACGAAGACGACGAAGAUGGCGACGACGACGAGCCAAUCACCAUGGCUAACAUGGAGGCUCGUUCAAAAGCUUUGGAUGUGCGGGCAGCACGCGAAGCUCAGCUCGAUCUCGAAGAAAUGCAAAACGCAGUACAGGCUGGUGAGGAUGAUGAUGACUUCGCGGAUGCGGAGGAGGAAGAGGAUGAAGAGAUGGAUGGCGAGGGCGGGGAAGCUGAGGCGUUCCACUUGCCAACAGCGGAGGAAAGAGAAGAAGAGAAGAAGAGUGGAGGUCCUGACGUGCAUACCGUUCAGAGGCGUAUGCGUGAAUGCGUGCGUGUACUGGGCAAUUUCAAGAAGCGCACCGCUCAGAACGGUGAGUCGUCUCGCUCUGAAUACGUCCAACAACUAAUCUCCGACAUCGCAAGCUACUACGGCUACAACGACUUUCUUGCGGAGAAACUCUUCCAGCUAUUCCCCGUGGCGGAGGCCAUCGAAUUCUUCGAAGCCAACGAAGUUCCCCGACCAGUCACCAUACGGACCAACACCUUGCGCACUCGGCGGCGAGAUCUCGCACAAGCGCUCGUCAACCGAGGAGUGAAUCUUGAGCCUAUCGGCAAGUGGACGAACGUCGGCUUGCAAGUCUUCGAGAGUAGCGUCCCUAUCGGUGCGACGCCGGAGUACCUUGCGGGCCACUACAUGCUGCAAGCGGCGUCGUCAUUCCUUCCCGUCAUCGCCCUAUCGCCGCAGCCCGAUGAGCGGGUGCUGGAUAUGGCAUCUGCGCCCGGCGGUAAGACGACGCACAUGGCAGCGUUAAUGGCGAACACGGGCGUGGUCUUCGCGAACGAUGCCAACAAAGCUCGUACGAAGAGUCUCACGGCCAACAUUCACCGCUUGGGAUGCAAGAACGUCGUCGAGUUCCCGAAGGUCAUGGGCGGCUUUGAUCGGGUGCUUUUGGACGCGCCGUGCAGCGGUACCGGUGUUAUAAGCAAGGACGCCAGCGUCAAGACGAACAAGAAGCAGCUCAUCCUCUGCGCCAUCGACAGCGUAACGCCCGACUCGAAGACCGGCGGUUAUCUCGUCUACUCGACGUGCUCCGUGACUGUGGACGAGAACGAGGCCGUCGUGGAUUACGCGCUGCGCAAACGGCCGAACGUCAAGCUCGUCGACACCGGGCUUGAGUUCGGCCGGCCAGGAUUCACGAGCUUCCGCGGGAAGAACUUCAACGAGAAGAUCAGCCUGACGCGGCGGUUCUACCCGCACGUGCACAACAUGGAUGGGUUCUUCGUGGCGAAGUUCAAGGUCGAGAGGCGCUUGAAGGUGAAGACACGCGCGGACGAGGAUAGGCCCGUGGCUAAGGGAGAAGCCGCCAUGGAUGUGGAUGCGGAGGAGACGAAGUUCGAUAGCGAUGAGGACAAGCCGUACCUCGAAGGUCAGCCUCUCUUCAUUUAUAGACGUGCUUCCUGUCUUGACGUGUGGUUGCAUCUUCCCACCAUCUUACAGAGGCCAAACGGAAGCGGAUAAAGGCGAAGGGCCUGCGCCCGCCCCCGAGAAGCAAGCCGGCGGAACCGAGACCUAUUGCCGUGCCAGCUGCCGCAUAGUCUACCUGUACUAUUUUCCUGCUUUCGGUACUUCCUUUCACAGUAGUAUUUGGUAAAUGAUCUGUUGGUGAUCUCUAUACAUUGCAGAGGGUGCGCGGUG